GUUUCAAAGAUGGAGGGGUCGGGGAGGUUGCUCUGCAUUCUACGACAAAUAUCAAGAAAAACACCGAUUUAUUCCAGAUUGCAGAAAGCUACUUACUGUUCAGGCAUCAAAACGAAACCUUUGGACGAGGUUUAUCAAAAGGAAUAUGUAAGUGAGAACAUUGAAGAAGAGCCUGCAGUUCAGUGUGGUCCUAACAAGGCUGAAAGAGUAGGGCCUUCUACAGACACACUGACCGACACGUUUGGCCGACAGCACACCUACCUAAGAAUAUCACUGAGUGAACGAUGUAAUCUCAGAUGUCAGUACUGUAUGCCAGAGAAUGGUGUAGAACUGACUCCUUCUCAGAAACUCCUGUCAUCAGAAGAGAUCCUCAGACUGUCUGAAAUGUUUGUGAAGGAGGGUGUUGAGAAGAUACGCCUCACUGGUGGUGAACCGUUGGUCAGGAAGGACGUGGUGGAAAUAAUAAGAGGUUUGAAUGAAUUCCGGGACCUAGGUCUGCAGACUAUUGCUAUGACAACGAAUGGCGUGACCUUAGCCAGAAAGUUACCUGCUCUAAAGGAGGCUGGUCUUGACCUUAUCAAUGUCAGUCUAGACACACUAGUCCCAGCAAAGUUUGAGUUCAUAUCUCGUCGGAAGGGCUGGGAUCGCGUCAUUAAAGGAAUAGACACUGCCAUCGAUCUAGGCUAUAGUCCAGUCAAGGUAAACUGUGUUGUGAUGAGGGGACUAAAUGAAGAAGAAAUCUGUGAUUUUGUUGCCUUUACAAAAGACAAGAAUGUUGAUAUCAGGUUCAUUGAGUACAUGCCAUUUGAUGGGAACAAGUGGAACUCAAAGAAAAUGGUCAGUUAUUUAGAAAUGGUGGACACCAUCAAGGCAAGGUGGCCUGAUUUCUCCAGAAUGCAGGACCAUCCAAAUGAUACAUCCAAGGCUUAUCAUGUACCUGGUUUUACCGGCCAAGUCGGUUUCAUCUCGUCUAUGAGUGAGCAUUUCUGUGGUACAUGUAACAGGAUCCGACUCACUGCUGAUGGUAACCUCAAGGUUUGUUUGUUUGGGAACACGGAGGUGUCACUACGUGAUGUAAUGAGAGCUUCGCCGGACGAUGCUGAGCUGAGGGACGUGAUCAGUGCAGCUGUAAAGAGGAAGAAGAAACAGCAUGCUGAUUAUUUAGAAGAAAUAGAGGACUUUAAAUGUCCCGGUGAUGGCAUGUCCAUGCGAACCUUGUCAACCUCAUGUACACAUUCCUUCACAACUUUAAUGCCCGCUGGUAUUGUUUCUGCUACGUUCCUGUCUACACCACAGCCGUGGAAUACCCAGAUAAGACAGUGCUGGACAGGUGAUGAGGAAAGUAUGAAAUACUGGGAGACUGACCGCCGGGCUAGAUUAGCGGAGGCUGCUGAGCGUGGGGACAUUGAGGAGGAUUGUGAUGUUACAGAAUAUAAACAGGACCAUGAUAACUAUAGAAAUAUAUCAGAAAAUAUAAGUAAAUCAGACUGUGAUAGCUUGACACAUGUUGACACUGCAGGCAAAACAAAAAUGGUGGAUGUUGGAUAUAAACCAGACACAGUGCGCACUGCUGUCGCCUCAGCAACCAUCCACGUAGGGGAGAAAGUGUUCCCCUUAAUCAAAGAAAAUAAGAUGAAAAAAGGGGAUGUGCUGUCUGUAUCACAGCUAGCAGGCAUCAUGGCAGCAAAGCGAACCUCGGAACUCAUUCCACUGUGCCACAAUAUUUUUAUUUCUGGGGUUGAUGUAUCAUUUGUAUUGAAUGAAGAAAAUCACUGCAUUCAUAUCACUUCCUCAGCAAAGACUGCUGGGAAAACCGGUGUUGAAAUGGAGGCCAUCAUGGCUGUUUCAGUGGCGGCCAUUACAAUCUAUGAUAUGUGUAAAGCCGUGUCCAAGGAUAUGGUUAUCAGUGAUAUCCGGCUAGAACAGAAGACUGGAGGUGUAAGGGGAGACUACCUCCGACAUAAAUAGUGGUUCAGAGUGACAGCAAAGGAUAUUUACCCAAUCCAAAUCAAUCAAAUACAUUUUGUGUAAAUACAUAUAUUGGAUUUUAUAAUCUGACCAUUUUUUUUUUAUUCAUUUUAUA